AUGGCUGGUAUAGAUCAGAGCGUAGCCUCGAGGUUUGCAAUGUGCGUCAGGUGUGUUCAAAAGCCUGACUCGAGCUGUUCACGAUUGGGUCUAGAUCGUGGUGUUCAUUCCCUUUCCCCUGCCUCAAGUGGGCCUCGAGGGAUUCACUCGUGGCAGAGAGAUUGCAGCGAUAACGUCAUGAAAUGGAAGCCAACAGUGAUAUCUGUUUCGCUACUUAGCCCCAGAUCUUCCAUCACGGAAGGGGAGACUACAGCGGUUACAAUGUAUUCAACGGCUAACUGA